AUGUCUGCGCCACCCCACAAACAGAUGUCGGGCACUCCUCCGCUGCCGGCAACGAAUGCUACCAGGCUCGAGAAAGGUCAUCCUGGAGUGCGCCGCUCAACUCCUGAUUCCGAAGCGCUGGCUUCUUCUGAUGACGACGGCGAACACAACCCUUUGUCUCAGACUAUCACUGCACCAGCAACGAAGCCUGUACGUCGGACAUCUUGGCUAAAUGAGGUGCCCAUUUCCAUUCAAAGGAAGCAUUCACUCCCCGGUGGACCUCUCGCAUCUGCUCCUUCCAAUCCCGCUAGCCCAUCCGGUGAUCAGCCACCGUGGGCUUCAUCUACCAGUCCUGGCCUCAGCAGCUCCUUCAAUUGGAAUCAAUCUGGAGGCAGUCAGUACCCGUGGGGAACUGGUAUCUGGAACACAGAAUCUCGCAAGGAACCCCCGCCUCGUCUGUCUGAGAUUGUACCCUCCCCAACUAUGACCAACCCGCCAGCUGUAAACGCCUCGCUCGGCGACGAGAUGCUCAGUCCCAUCACCCGCACCAUCUCGGGAGAAUCGGCCAUUCCCUUCUCAAUUCCCCUACAUCCAACCCCAAAGACCUACCGUUCGCAAUCUUACUCUGUUGGCCAAAUGGACCCUGAGUUCCUGGGACUUGCAGCAAACAAGCCUAGCACCGGCGGUGCGUAUCCAAAUCCUAGUGGUCGUUCUCGCGGCCCUGGUCAAAUGUCUUCUGGCCAACCUCGGGCCUCACGACCAAGCGUACUCGGCGAGUUGGGACACGAUUCUGCAAUGCUCGGACGUGUCCGUGAAGACGACGACGGAGAAUCAAGCCUGGGCUCUGACGGUGAUGUCGCCUAUUCUGCCAGCCAAGCCAGAACGAUUGAACAACUUGCACGCGAGAAUGCGCUCUUGCGCCAGGCUGCAGCUGCAGGUCAAAGGGAUAAUCGCUACCGUGACCGUGCAUCUUCCUCUGCAUCAACUGCCAGUGGUCUACACGCAGCACAUCGCAUCCACGGAGGUGUUCCGGAGGAAGAUAUCGCCCCCGAGGAUCCAGGGGAGUUGCGCGAUAUCCAUGGAUACGGCAUCAUGCGCGGCAAUACCGGGCGACGCUACUCGGAGCAUUCGGCGAACCUGGAGCAGCAGUUUUCAUCAUUUGCUUCCUCGCCUCUGGAGAAUCGCGCCCUCGAAAACGUACGCAAGGGCCACUGGCAGACUUCUCUAGGGUUUGGAAGUAUGGCCGAUAUUCCGCAAAGUCGCCGUCACUCAUUCGCUGAUAUACCAAUGCGCCAUGCCUCCGUCAGCUCGGUUGACUCCCAUGCGACAGCCACUCCUCGAGCUGCCUUGGGAGAACGAGAUGACGGAUACGGAAAUGCGGGUGACUAUCCCAACCCGUCCAUGCAGCCUCGUGAGUAUUCGGCUCUCCAUCAAUAUCCCACUGAGCCGGCUCUAAAUCCAACUCAUUUGCCAGAAUCAUAUUAUCCCCGCGAGCAAACUCUACGUGGAGACGGCACCUCUGGCAUUCCAGCUGCCCUCAACCAAUACGCCAUGUCUGGAGCCUAUGGCCGGCAACCACCUGCACUGUCGCAUGCCCACCAGAAUCAGCUUCUCUAUAUUGUCACUUUCAAGUGCCAUCGCGCUGAUGUCUUCUACAUUCAGGAAGAUACCGGGCUCCAGGUGAAAUCAGGCGAUCUUGUUAUUGUUGAGGCCGACCGAGGCACCGAUCUAGGCACUGUCCAACAUGCCAAUGUGUCGCUCCAGAAAGCGAGAGAGCUCAAGCAGCAGUACGCCGAAGAGCACUAUAAAUGGCUCAUGAUGUUUUCCCGACAGGGUCAAGUUGAGGGCUCCAAUGUUGGUAAUCCGGGUUUGAACACACGCGGUGCGACAGGCGGAAUGGGCCCUCAUGCCCCCGGUGUCCAAGAACCGGCUACAGACAUCAAGCCGAAACUUAUCAAGCGUCUUGCGCAAAACCACGAGAUUCUUACCCUGCGCGACAAAGAAGGGAACGAAGCCAAGGCCAAGCGGGUCUGCCAACAAAAGGUCGUUGAGCAUCGCCUAAAUAUGGAAAUUCUCGAUGCCGAGUUCCAGAUGGACUGGAAGAAGCUUACUUUCUACUACUUCGCCGACUCCUACAUCAACUUCAACUCGCUGGUCACCGACUUGUUCAAGAUCUACAAGACGCGAAUCUGGAUGUCUGCGAUCAAUCCGGCCUCUUUUGUGACACCUCCGUCUGCUGGUCUUCCAGGACCUGGUAGCAUGAGCAACCCACUGUACAGCCAAGAUCAACAGCACCCAGAUCGUCGCCAUCAACACGAGGGUAGUGCCUAUGGUGGGCGAGAUCCGAUCGACGCCGGUCGUGAAAACAUGCCCAAUCCAGUGGGUGCGCUUCGAACAGCAUUCACCGACUCUUACCAGCCCUUCGCUCAACCCACUCGUCAGAUUGACACCGCACAAGGCGACCCUUUCGGUCCUAUGGACCCAGGCUUCGCCGACUACCCUUCUGGCGGUGCCGGCAACGCUGCGGCUCGCAUGCACCCAGCACAAACUGAGUGGACAAGUCGAUUCCAGGGUCUCUCACUCAAUUCGUGA